CGUGGAGAUGCUUUUUGAAGAUCGCUAGGGUGGAUGACUGGACCACCUCUGAGUUUAACACGCUGCAAAAUCCUAUCUGCUCAGUGAAGACCAGAACCCAGGAGACACAGUCAGGAUUGUGCCGGGUGCUGAAGAAACCCACAGGAAAGUCAUCUUUGUCCUGAGUACAGGAAAAUUCAAUUCCAAGAUGGAGCAAACUUCCGAUGAAAUAGAUGAGAUGUUCAGCAAUUUACUUGGGGAAAUGGACAUGCUGACCCAGAGUUUAGAAGUGGAAACUUUCCAGCUUUCAUCCCCCAAAGAACCUACUAAAGAAUUUAAUUUUUCAGUUGGUUUUAAAGAUUUAAAUGAAUCACUAAGUACACUGGAAGACAAAGACCUGGAUGCUUUAAUGGCUGAUCUGGUAGCAGACAUAAAUGAAGCUGAACAGAAAACAUUACAAGCACAGAAGACAGCUUCUGACCACCAGCAAAAAAAAGCCACUGAGUCUUCAAUGGGUUUUGAGACUAUUGCUUCUUAUGAAUAUAAACCAAGUACUCAUGGUAUUACCACUAGUGGACCUGUUGGGGAUGUCUUGCCCCCUCCACCACUAGAAUCUGAAUUAGACCUCCCACUACCGCCACCACCACCACCUGCUCCUGAGCCACUCACUCAGGAACAGCAGGAGGCACAAGCAAAAACAGACAAGAUUAAACUUGCACUGGAAAAACUGAAGGAAGCUAAGGUUAAAAAGCUUGUCGUCAAGGUGCACAUGAAUGAUAACAGCACUAAGUCACUGAUGGUGGAUGAGCGGCAGGUGGCACGGGAUGUUUUAGACAAUCUUUUUGAGAAAACCCACUGUGACUGCAAGGUGGAUUGGUGUCUGUACGAAAUGUACCCAGAACUGCAAAUUGAAAGGUUUUUUGAAGACCAUGAAAAUGUUGUUGAAGUCUUAUCAGACUGGACCCGGGACAGUGAAAAUAAAAUACUGUUUUUGGAAAAAAGUGAAAAAUACGCAGUGUUUAAAAAUCCCCAGAAUUUCUACCUGGCAAACAAGGGGAAAAAUGAAACGAAAGAAAUGAAUGAGAAAAACAAAGAGGCUUUGCUGGAGGAAAGCUUCUGCGGGGCAUCUGUCAUUGUGCCAGAACUCGAAGCAGCCCUUUAUUUAAAAGAAGAUGGAAAGAAGUCCUGGAAGAGGCGUUAUUUUCUUUUGCGGGCUUCUGGAAUCUAUUACGUCCCCAAAGGAAAAACCAAGACAUCUCGGGAUUUGGCCUGCUUUAUACAGUUUGAGAACGUUAACAUUUACUAUGGUACUCAGUACAGAGUGAAAUACAAGGCUCCUACGGACCACUGCUUUGUCUUAAAGCAUCCACAGAUUCAGAAGGAGUCGCAAUAUAUCAGGUAUUUAUGCUGUGAUGACCAGUGGACUCUACAUCAGUGGGUAACUGGAAUAAGAAUUGCCAAGUAUGGCAAGACACUGUAUGAUAACUACAAACGUGCAGUACAACGGGCUGGGUUGGCUGCUCGAUGGACAAGCCUAGGGACUGUGGAACCAGCUGUGGGCACAGGAUCAUCAUCAACAGGUACUGCUCAAGCAAAUGGACAGAUCCAUCACACUGUACCUCCUGCCUGCAAGGAGUUUUCAGAGGCCCCAAAACAAGCAGAGAUUGCAAAGGAAAAGAAACCAAAUGUUGUCAACAACUCUAGUUCAGCACAGCCAACCAUCAGGCCACAGAACCCCCAAGCUAAACAGGCCUUGCAACCUCCACCCCCACCUCAACGGCGAUCUUCAGCAACUGUAUCUUCACCUUGUCUGCCCUCAAAAGCCAAGCGAGGCAGCACAGCUUCCCUAUCGGAUCCUAUCUCAUUUCCAGCACCACCGCCUGACAUGGGAAGUGAUUUGCCACCCCCACCACCUGACUUCUACGAGUCUCCUCCUGAUUUUGUGCCCCCUCCACCACCUUCCUUUAGCAACAGCACUGGAGAUCUGGCACCACCCCUUCCACCUCCACCUCCACCUCCACCUCCAUCUCCACCAGCUUCUGGCACCAGUAAACCAUUACCACUGACAGGGAAGCCUGGUCCACCUGCUCCAAAAAGGCAAGAGAAUACUGGACAAGUAGGGGAGACAAAGUCCACUGGGGUUGAAGGUGGACAACUAGAUUUCAUGUCUGAUCUAAGGAAAGCCCUAGACAAAAAGAGGGGCAGUAAUACAUCCUGAAGUCCAUUGGAUGAACAAACUUUAAGCUACAGCUCUUGUUGUGGGAAGUCAUGCUAGGGGUGCUAGAAGAGGAGCCCCUGGAGGAAUUCUGCCUACGAUCAGAAUUCCUCUUGGGGAUCCAGAGAAAUGGGGCAGAACACCAUUGUUUUCUCCGCCCCAGCCAUUCACUGAUCCAGCAAGCACUGCUGGUUGAGGCAAUAAAUUUGGCCCCUAUCUCAUUCCUCAGCCCAUUUGAAUGCUUAAGAUUGCUGGCAGCAGGACUAGUUGGAUCAAUCCCAGUGAGUAAAUGUACCAUUUCUAUGGUGAGAUUAGAGCUGAUCAAAACACACAAAUUGUUUUCCAUGGAAAAUUUUUGGAGGAAAUCAGUUUUUAUGUAAAUUUCCUGUAUUUAGUUUUAUCAAAAAAUUGAAAAACAAAAAUUUUCACUUUUGAAGUAUUUUUUUAAAAAAUACUGAAAUUUUUACCCUAAUUGAAUAUUUUUUUCUUCAUUUUAAUCAAAAAGUCAUUUUUUCUCCCAAAAAAUAUUUUUAAUAAAAAAAAAAAAAAAACCAAACAACCAAACAAACUCAGGAAUCUCUCUAGGAUGCUGGGUGGCAUUGCGUAUUCCAAGUGCCUUCAAGAAUCUGCCACGUUUACUGAAAUGGCUUAGACUGAUAUGUUCUCAGGCAUGGUUAAAAAUACUUUUGUCAGCAAUCAAAGCUGUAACCUAUAAACUUCAUUUAUCUUAAUUAUUUUAGACAAAACCACUUUAAGAUAAAAAAUCUGUUAUUUUUUCCCUUGGUUAGCAUUUUCCCCCAUACUUGUUAGCAUUGGUCUUCAACUGUGCCUAAAGACAUACAUUUUUAUAAAAACAUAUUAUGCCUGUGUAUGAAUAUGUCUCUACCUACAGUCUUCCUCAUUUGUGAUUCAAUUUAAUUCUUCCUUGUUAAUCUGAAUAGCAUUUGCUGUUAGAGCUCAAAUAAAAGUAUCUUCUAUUUUAUA